AUGAAGUUCGCCUCCGUCCUGAGUGUCCUCGGGGCCUUGACGGUCGUGUCUGCCGUCCAGGUGAACCCACUUCCCGCCCCCCGCAACAUCACUUGGGGUUCGUCCGGUCCGAUCCAAGUGCAACAAUUGUCUCUACGCGAUCGCCACACCAGCCCGGUGGUAACCAGUGCCUGGUUGCGAGCAUGGAACUCCAUCACCACCCUGCAAUGGGUCCCCGCCGCCGUGGAAGCUCCUAUCUCCGACUAUCCGCCCUUCCCGACCCAAACCCCCGAGUCCAAGACCAAGCGCGCGACCGGAGGGAUCCACUACGUUGAGGUGCAGAUCAAGGACAGCAAGGCCGAUCUGCAGCACGGCGUGGAUGAAUCAUACACACUCGAAGUGUCCAAGGGCUCCAGCAGCAUCAAGAUCACCUCCCAGACCGUCUGGGGUGCGUUGCACGCGUUCACAACAUUGCAGCAGAUCAUCAUCUCCGAUGGAAAAGGCGGCUUGAUCAUUGAGCAGCCUGUCAAGAUCCAGGAUGCGCCGCUGUACCCCUACCGCGGCAUCAUGGUCGACACCGGUCGCAACUUUAUCUCGGUGAGCAAGAUCCUCGAACAAAUCGAUGGCAUGGCUCUUUCCAAGCUCAACGUCCUGCACUGGCACCUGGACGACUCCCAGUCCUGGCCGAUGCAGAUGCGCUCCUACCCAGAGAUGACCAAGGACGCCUACUCUCCCCGCGAGAUCUACACCGAGGCCGACAUGCGCCGCGUCAUUGCCUAUGCCCGUGCCCGUGGUGUUCGCGUGAUCCCUGAAGUCGACAUGCCCGGCCACUCGGCCUCAGGCUGGCAACAGGUCGACCCGGAGAUUGUGGCGUGUGCCAACUCUUGGUGGUCCAAUGACGUGUGGGAAUACCAUACCGCGGUCGAGCCAAACCCGGGUCAACUGGAUAUCAUCUAUAACAAGACCUACGAGGUCGUCAACAACGUCUACCACGAUCUGUCCGCUAUCUUCGCCGACAACUGGUUCCACGUCGGCGCCGACGAGCUCCAGCCCAACUGCUACAACUUCAGCACGCAUGUUACCGAAUGGUUCGCCGAGGACCCAUCGCGCACAUACCAUGACCUAGUCCAAUACUGGGUCGACCGCGCGGUACCCAUCUUCCGCAGCGUCGGCGGCCACCGCCGGGUAAUGAUGUGGGAGGACAUCGUCCUCUCAGCCGAAAACGCCCACGAUGUCCCCAAGGACAUCGUCAUGCAAACCUGGAACAACGGUCUAGACAACAUCAACAAACUAACAACGGCCGGCUACGACGUCGUCGUCUCCUCCUCCGACUUCCUCUACCUAGAUUGCGGCCACGGCGGCUUCGUCACUAACGACCCCCGCUACAACCAAAACUCCAAUCCCGACGGCGGCGUCAACUUCAACUACGGCGGAAACGGCGGAUCCUGGUGCGGGCCCUACAAAACCUGGCAACGUAUCUACGACUACGACUUCACCUACAACCUCACAGACGCGCAGGCGUCUCACAUCCUCGGCGCCGAGGCACCUCUCUGGUCUGAGCAGGUCGAUGAUAUCAGCAUCUCCAGCCAGUUCUGGCCGCGUGCGGCUGCCCUUGGUGAACGGGUUUGGUCGGGCAAUCGUGAUGCCGCUGGUCAUAAGCGCACUACUAACCUUACUCAGCGCUUGCUUAAUUUCCGCGAGUAUCUGGUUGCUAAUGGUGUUAUGGCUAAUGCGCUCGUGCCCAAGUAUUGUUUGCAGCAUCCACAUGCUUGUGAUCUUUAUAAGGACCAGACUGCCAUCUCUUGA